UGACCUUGCCGAAUAUCUAUUCUGUUUUAGCGACAUCUUCUGAAUACGUUGACAAUUCAAAGGUCACUGGCACUCACGAACAAAUUAGUUUGAUAAGAGAAAUUCGAUGAGAGUGGAUGGAUUUUUAGUUAGAAUAUUUUUUUAUUAUAUUAUCUUUCAGUUUUAUACAUUUCUUUUUUGUUAAUUACCAAAAAUGGAUACUAGUAAAUCGAUAUUGAAACAAUUUUACAAUUGUACAAUGUUACGAGAGGGUAAAAUUAUAAUUGAAGACUUAUGGGUUCGUGAUGGAAAAAUAAUAAAUCCAGAAAAGAUUUUUUACGAUGAAAAAGUAUUACCCGAUUUUAGAAUAGACUGUCAAGGUGCACUAAUUGCACCAGGUUACAUAGAUUUACAAAUUAACGGUGGUUUUGGUAUAGAUUUUUCACAUAAUGUUGAAAACGUUGAAGAAGGUAUAAACAAAGUAGCCAAAAAUUUAUUAGCACAUGGUGUUACAUCAUUUUGUCCUACAUUAGUUACAUCUCCUAGUGAUACGUAUUAUAAAGUACUACCUAAGAUUAAAAAACAAAACGGUGGUAGUCACGGAGCAACCGUUUUAGGUGUUCAUUUAGAAGGUCCUUUUAUAAGCAUUCAUAAAAAAGGUGCUCACCCUGAACAAUGUAUUAAAGAGUUCGAUUCUGAUUUUAAAUCAUUGACUGAUAUGUAUGGUACUUUGGAAAACGUUUGUCUUAUUACGUUGGCACCUGAAAUUCAUUCUGCGCCGUCUGUUAUUAAAGAAUUAUGCAAAAGAAAUAUUAAAGUUUCUGUAGGACAUUCUAUUGCCAGUUUAGAAGUGGGGGAAAUAGCAGUAAAUAGUGGGGCCACGUUCAUUACACAUCUUUUCAACGCUAUGUUGCCGUUCCAUCAUCGUGAUCCAGGACUAGUUGGUUUAUUGACAUCUGAUAAAAUACCACCAGGAAAGAUUGUUCAUUUUGGUAUCAUAGCUGAUGGGGUGCAUACUCAUCCUGCAGCAUUAAGAAUUGCACAUAGAACGCAUCCUAAAGGACUCGUUCUUGUAACGGAUGCAAUAUCAGCAUUGGGUUUGGAAGAAGGUGUACAUCGACUAGGUCAGUUUGAUAUAGAAGUACGUAAAGGACAGGCCUAUAUCACUGGCACCAAUACUCUUUGUGGCAGUAUAACUGAAAUGUCUGAAUGUAUACGUAUUUUUAAGGAAGCAACAGGCUGCUCUAUAGUUGAAGCCUUAGAAGCUGCAACCUUGCAUCCAGCAAGAACAUUGAACAUUGAAUCUAAAAAAGGUGUAUUAAAUUUUGAUGCUGAUGCUGAUUUUGUUUUAUUAGAUGAUAAUCUUCAAAUCUUAUCUACAUGGAUAUCGGGAGAUUGUGUUUAUACUAAAUGCAAGUAUACUUAGCAAUCUUUAUGAACUAUAUUUUAACGUUUUGACAAAGUAAGAAUAUUGAAACAAACAAUAUUUUAAAUUUUACAUAAUAUCUUAUUAUAUUAUUUAAUGGCUUUAGAUUUU